AUGAUUGCAGACACCUCUUCUAUUGCCGGCUACACCAUCUUUCGGGAAGAGCCCAACGACGCCGCUCCCGAUCUGUCCAAUUCUCAGAAUUCGCAUCCUCUCGAUCCGCUAUCGAUUGAAGAGAUUCGCGCUGCGGCAAAGAUCAUCCGUGACUAUGCCAGCCCCAAGUCUCUCAAGUUCAACUGCCUCACUCUCCGUGAGCCCAAGAAGGCUGAAUAUGCCGCCUUUCGCGCCCGAACUGGCCCGCGACCUGCCCGCCGCGCUUUCGCCAUCGUGAUCGAGAAGGGUACCAGCAAGGUCUCCGAGGUUGUCGCCAACAUUGCCGAGUCCAAGGUCGAGGAGUGGAACGCCGUCUCAGAGGUCGGUCCCACCCUGACUCUUGAGGAUCUCGACGUCUGCGAGCGUGUCGCUCGUGCCGACCCUCGUGUCAUCAAGGCCUGCAAGGACAUUGGCAUCGACGACAUGUCCAAGGUCUUCCUUGAUGCUUGGGCUAUUGGCGUCGACAACCGAUGGGGAUUUGAGCGUCGUCUGCAGCAGGGUCUCGCCUACUACCGAGCUUCUCCCAACGACAACCAGUACGCUCACCCCCUCGACUUCUCCGUCGUCGUCGACACCGAGAAGGAAGAGGUCCUUACCGUCGACGUCCGCUACGUCAACGGAGAGCGCACCAAGGUGCCUCUCACCUCUCACAACUACAUGCCCGAGUUUAUCGGUGACAACUACAUUGACGGCACCCUCAAGCCCAUCAACAUCACCCAGCCCCAGGGCGUGUCCUUCCGCAUGCGCGGCAAUGAGAUCUCGUGGGCCGGGUACAAGAUGCACAUUGGCUUCAACUACCGCGAGGGUAUUGUUCUGUCCGACGUCCGCAUGGAGGAUCAGCACGAGCAGCGAGAGCGCACCCUGUUCAACCGCAUCAGUGUCGUCGAGAUGGUGGUUCCCUACGGUAACCCCGAGCCUCCUCACCACAAGAAGCACGCUUUCGACGUUGGUGAGUAUGGUACCGGUCUGAUGACCAACUCUCUCAAGCUGGGAUGUGAUUGCAAGGGUGCUAUCCACUAUCUCGACGCUGUCAUGGCUACUGGCGAGGGUGAUCCCGCCGUCAUCAAGAAUGCCAUCUGCAUUCACGAGGAAGACAACGGUCUCCUGUACAAGCACACCGACUACCGCGACGGAACCGUCAUCUCUGCCCGCGACCGCAAGCUCAUCAUCUCGCAAAUCAUCACCGCCGCCAACUACGAGUACGGCUUCUACCACACCUUCACCCUCGACGGCACCUACAAGCUCGAGAUCAAGCUGACGGGCAUGCUCAACACCUACUGCAUGCACCCCACCGAGGUUGCCGCCCCCUACGGCACCGAGGUCGCUCCCACCAUCAACGCCCACAACCACCAGCACAUCUUCUCCCUCCGAGUCGACCCCGAGGUUGACGGCCCCAACAACUCGAUCGUCCAGAACGAUGCCAUGCCUUCUGAGGCACCCGUCGGAUCCCCCGAGAACCCUUACGGAAACGGCUUCUACUGCAAGAACACGCCCCUCCGAACUUCCAAGGAGGCUGCUGUCAACUAUUGCCACGAGACCAGCCGCUCUUGGGCCAUCACCAACCCCAACAGCAUCAACCCCUCGGCCAAGAAGCCCGUGGCCUACAAGAUCCUCAACAACAACUGCCCCGGUCUGCUGGCUAAGCCUGGCAGCGUCGUCCACUCCCGCGCCGCCUUUGCCCGCAAGAGUCUCUGGGUCGUUCCCUACAAGGACUACGAGCUGUUCCCUGCCGGCGACUAUGUGUGCCAGUCCACCGGCGAGGAGAACCACCCUCACAACAGGACCAUCCUCGACUGGGUUGCCCGCGACGAGUCGAUCGAAAACACCGAUAUUGUCUGCUACAUCCAGUUCGGCCUCACCCACUUCCCCCGAACCGAGGACUUCCCCAUCAUGCCUGCCGAGCCCGUGAGCGUCAUGCUCCGCGCCGCCAACUUCUACCAGAAGAACCCGGGCCUGUGGGUUCCCCCCUCUGCCCUCUGCGUUGACGCCGCGUCUAAGGAUGCCUUUGGCUCCAAGGAGGAGGCUGCUCCCUCCUCUUGCUGUGCCACCAAGACGAUCCCCCGACUGUAA